GGAAGUAUAAAUAAAUGGCUACCACCAUAACAUAAUUUGUUAACUACGUUACACUUUCUUACAAGUUGCAAUAUAAAAUAUAUUUUAAGUUUUCAGAAAUCGUUUUUGUUAUUUCAAAAAAUAAAUCAACAUUCAUUGGUACGUAUUAAAUGUUAUUAAUGUCAUGUGCAAGAAGAUAAAGGUAAGAUUUUAUCACAUAUAAUAUAAUAUAAUAGGGCUAGGCCUAUUUACCAAUAUUAUUAAUAAUAAUACAAGUAGUAAUACUAGUAAUAGCUAAUGAAAUAAAGUAUUCUAUAGCUUUUAACCCCUAAAAUAAGCUAAUUCUCUGUAUAAUAGGUAAUUAAAAUCAUAUUAUUAAUUAUGGAUUAUCAAAAAAGAUAAGAGUAAGACAUAUAUAUGUUCUGCAUACCAUUGACUUUGACCAUUGUUUUCUUCAAUUCAAUAUAUUAUAUAAAUAAUAAAUAAUAGUCCCCAAGGCCAAGGCUCCAUGUAUUGUUGUUGCACAUCUGAGUAUUUUAAAAGUUAACAUGGUAUGCAUUUAUAAAGAAAUUAUGCAUUGCAUUUUUUUUAUCAUAGUUUGGGAAAGUAAUUUUUGUCAAUAUUACUUCAUAUUAAAAAAAAUUAAACUAGAAAUUUAAAAAAAACUUUUUUAUUUAACUAUUUAUACAUUCUCAAAAUUUAUUUGUUUUCCAACUGCAAGGAAGAUUGAUGUUAUGAUAUAUAUAAAAUACCCUCAAUGCUAAGCGGUGGUUUAAAUUUAAUUUAUUUUAAGACUGACAAAGCAACUCUUUUCCCUGUGUUAUAAUGAUACUAAUAUUAAUACCAGCUCCUGACCCAUUGCAGCUUGCCAUUAAUAUUUUACGCCCCCUAGCCAGUUGUAUACUACACUGAAACAUAAGUUAUAAUAUACACCUUCCAACCUGUGUAGCAAGAAUCCAACUAAUAUUUCAUAUUAUUUAAUUGCAUAAUUUUGCAGUUUCAUACAAAAAAUAGUCUUUUAAAUAAUGUUAAAAAAUAUUUAUUAAAAAUAUUGGAAAAAAAAAAGUUAAUUGGUUUCAAAACCAUUUAUUGGAAAUCCAAGCAUUGUUUAACAUCACCUUAAUAUAUUAUAUACACAUUUCCAUUUUGUUUAUGUUUAAAACAAAAAUUAUUAUUUUGAUUAUUUGUAAGUCUGUAAAAAGAUUUUUGUUUCAUUAGAAUUGCCCAAAAAGACAUCGUUCAGAUGACAUUAAUUUAAUAAAUAGAAUUAGAAAAAAAUAUUUUUUAAAAUAUAGAAAAACAGGUAAUUAUAAUAAAAGUUAAUUAAAUGCUUAAUUUUAUUUUAAAUGGUAUUAAUAUAAUCAUAUUCCGUGUUUUAACAGAAAUAUAAAAUUUUGAGCCAUAUGCAAAUGGAGCAAAUGGAGAAACAAAGUUUGGGUUUGGGACAAGAACCACCCAUGUAUCUACAGAGACCUUCAGCAAGUCAGUCACAAGAUGUGCGCCAUUUAUUGGCCAAGAUUUUUCGGGACCUUUACACACGUGACGUAGUGAGAUCAGACUUUGUGAAAAAUCUGAAAGUCUCCAAAGGUGGUGAUGAUCCAUAUCAUGAACAAUAUGUGGAGAAUCUAGAGCAGGUUAGAAAUUUAUAACUUAUAAAUAAAAUCAUAUUCUAAUAUUAUUUGGUGCUAAAUGUAGUGAACUGCUUAGUGACGUGAAGUUAAAAAUAAUAAUAAAAAAAUAUAUUAGAAAAAAUAAAAAAAAUUACAACACAACCCUUUUAAGUUUUUUUAAUAUUUAAAUCUUUGUUUACAGUUAAUAAAAUUGAUUGAUUUAGAAAUCCCAUCCACUGCCUAAGACAUAAUUCUUCAAAUUACUUAAAAAUGUUCCCUUGACUUAUUUUUCUUGACAAUUUGAAUUCUAUAUAACAUUAAACUGUAGUAUAUGUUGUUACUUAGGUGCACACUGAGUGGCAGCGCCGCAUGGAUGAGGCAGCCAUGCUUGAGAGACACAUCAUGCAAGCACAAGCAAAAUCUAUGUCAGCUGAUGAGCGUGCACUUAACAAGGCUUCCGCAUCCUGUGUAGAAUAUUCAUCUCUAGGGUUACCACCAGGUAAAGUUAUUGUAACUUGAAUUUUGAGGUUGUGUGUUAAUUUAUCAGCUUUCAAAAUGGCUUGUUUCUUAAAAAAGUUCAGAUAAAUAAUGCUAAUAAAGAGCCAUCCAUAAAUGACUUCACACGUCGGGGGGUGUGGGGGGGUGUGUCACAUUUUUGUGAUGAUGGGGAAUGUGAAUGAAAAUUUAAGUAAAGAAUCCACAUAGUAACAUUAAUUACAGACAUUUUUAACAUUAUUCUUUUAUAUAGCAAUUAUAAUUAUUUUAUUUUUCAACCAUGGUAAAUGGGAGAAUCAGUACGCAUAUGCGAGGUCGGAAAAAUGGCCUCUGAUCAAGUUACAGGCUGCCAUGGAGGAGGAGAAAAUUGGUGAAGUGACAUUGACAGUUGAGAGAAUCUAUGUCAAAAUGUGGAGAAGGGAGUCAUAGAAUUAGGAUUACCGCGUGAAGCGGUAUGGAAUGAAAAAAAUGGUUGACUUGAAAGGGGGGGGGGGGGCCUUAGUAAAGGCUCAAGGGCAUGGAUUCUUAAAAUUUUUGUAGCUCAGCCGACCCACUUUGUUUUAAACAUCCUGUCCCCCACCAAUGGUACAAAUUAUUAUAUUUUAAUAAAAUUUAAAAUAUGAAAAUAAUCAUUAAUUUAGUUAUCGUAGUUUUAUUUCUUUUAUUAACUUUUUAAAAAUUGGUUGCAUGGGAAGGGGGGGGGGGGGCCUUAGUAAAGGCUCAAGGGCAUGGAUUCUUAAAAUUUUUGUAGCUCAGCCGACCCACUUUGUUUUAAACAUCCUGUCCCCCACCAAUGGUACAAAUUAUUAUAUUGUAAUAAAAUUUAAAAUAUGAAAAUAAUCAUUAAUUUAGUUAUCGUAGUUUUAUUUCUUUUAUUAACUUUUAUAAACAAGGAAAAAAUUACCAAUACAAGUAAAACACAAACAAAAUUCACCAGAAAAACAUUUACUGCUGCUUAUCAAAAUGCAUAAAAACUGUUUUUUUUAAAAGCAGCAACCACUAGCAAUUGCAGCAAAUAAAAUUUUCGUGUCUUCUGCACCUGGUUAAGAACCUCUGAUCUCGUAAAAUGUUUCUGACACAGUUGCAGUAAUUUGAUAUCCAUGAGAGGUGAAUUUCUUAAGAGUUUGUAAAAGACAGUAGUGGACACAGGGAAUUUUUAUUGGGGGGGUUGCAGAGAUUUGUGACAUAUUUGAGGGGGUCUAACUUUUUGUGACGAUUUGUGACAGCGGGGGAAGGGUGGUCAAAAAUCAGAAGAAAAUUUGCGUGACCUCAUUUAUGGAUGGCCCCUAAGUUGAUGUGCGUACAACAAAUUCUUCUGAUGGUGAAAUGAACUUAUAUAUUCCAUGGAAGUAUGUUAAAACAAUUUAUUUAAAGAACAGGAUGUAUAGAGUCUAUUAUUUUCGAGGGAUGUUAGAAUUUUUCAAAUCAUUCUUCUUCUCUUCCAUGACUGUCAACUAACAAAACUUAAAAAUAUGGCAUGAUGUUCAAGUUAAGUCAGUCCAAACACAGAAAAAAGCUUAAUAGGGGAAGUGAUUGAAAAAUAAGUUUUAAAUAUAAUAAAGUUGAGAAGAUGCAUAUAAUUAAAUGUUAAGAUAGUUAAUGAUAUUUUCUCUUGUCUUUUAUCAUUAUGAACACUAAAUAAAUUAGAUGCUAAAAUUUAGUUUGUUAUAAUAAAAUAUCUUAAGGAAAAAAUAAAUCAUAAGCAAGUUUCUUGCAAUAUAAAUAAUACUAAACUCCAGUCAUGCUAGAAAUGUUAAAAUUUCAUCAACUUGUUUUUUUUCUUCUACAAAUCAGUUCGUACACAUUUUCCAUCCUGCAUUGAUACACAGCUAUUAAGCCAACACAAUCUAUUGACACCAAGUGAUUAUAUGCUGCCAGAUCCUUUGCCUGUAUCUGCUCCCCAAGGUAUUUGGCAAUUUUUGUGUGAAAUCAUACUAAAUGAAGGCUUACAUUUACUGAAAAUGUAAUUCUAUGUUUGUGUCACAACAUCAAUUUUAAGGAAAUUAUGUGUCAAUUAGAAAUAAAAAAGUGUACAGAAUGUAAGUGACAAAAUGGUUGUUCUUUUGCAUUAUGUUUUAGUUCAGCAUACCAAACUUGUAAUAAGAUACAAUUUUUCCAAAACUGACCUUUUAAUUUCAAUGUAUAAUUCAUCUUGCAAUAAAAAAUAUAUUUUUAAAUUAAAUCAACUUGUUCAUAAAUUAAAACUUGCUUUGUUUAAAGUGUACUUUAUAGUGUUGACAUUGUUAUUGCACAAAUACCAACUUCUUUUAAAAGUUUAUUUUAUAAUUUUUAAAGAAAAUUUAUUUCAAAGAAAUAAUAUUAUGCAACAAGCAAAACUAGAUUAAGUUUUUAAAAUAUUUAUGAAGGAAUGAAAACAAAACAAAAUAUCUUAGAAUUUUUCCUAAUUUUUAUUUUCAAGAAGAAACUUGCUGUGAUUGCUGGGAAGAAUACAUGUGUGAGAUUAAGUUCUGAGUUAACUGAUUUUUUUUAGUUGGCAACUUUUUGAGGGUUUACCUAUUAUUGCAUCUAAUUUCUUUGAAUUGAGACAAAAUUUAUCCAUGCAUUUAUUUAUGCAGUUUUCCUAAAUAGGAUCGUUAGAUUUAGAUAAUUUCAUAUAAACUUCAAUUAAUUUUUAAACCAGGAUUUAGCUUCUUUACAAAAAUGCUUAAAUUCACUUUCUAAGAAUAUGUUAGGGCUAGUGGUACUAAUAAUACUAUUCAGUAAAAGCAAAAUAAAUAUUUUAUCAUUUUUUACACCUGUUACUUUCACCACUAUAUUUUCUAAAAUAUAGUAUUCAGUUGUAAGUAGAUUUGGUAAUAGAUUAGGUUGUGGUAGGGCUUAAAAUUUUGUUUAACAAUUAUCUAUAGUUUCAAGAUAUUAAAAUAAGAUAAAUGUAACCAAAGAAAUUCUGAAAAAUUCAGUCAAGAUUUACCAUAUUUUUACAAUUGAUUAUGGUGUUCUUGAUCUUUUUUGACCUGAUUUACUUCUGAAACUUAGAUGUUAAAUGAAUUUAAUUGCAUCAAAAAUAAUUUGUUUCAAAAAGGUCCACAGUUACCAGAUUAUGCUCGUGACACUUUAGCUUCUCAGCAACACAGUCGUCCAAACACCCAGCAUCAGUUAGAGCCUCCUUCAGCUUGGUCUCCAGGGGACAGUUUUGAGAUAGAGACAUUAGUAUCAGAUAUAGGUAGAGAUGAAUAUAAUUUAGAAAAGCAAGAAACUGUUGAUAAACAGGUUUGUAAAUAAAUUUUUCUUUUUUUUCCAUUACAUAAUUUAUAAAAUUUUACUACCAUUUUCAAUAUCAAUAGGUAGUUAAGUCAUACAAAAUUAUUGUACAGUGUAAAAUUUACAAUGAAGUUGCUAUUAAGUUUUAAAAAAAGUUAUAAAGUUUGAGCACUUAUUUCUUGCAAGCAUACAUUUUUCAAAGUUUUACCUUUACCAUUUUUUAUUUUGAAUUCUAGCCUGAAUUUCCCCAAAAAUAUGGAUGGAAAGAGUUUUUGUCUGAAGAACAGAGAGAGGCUGACAGAAAAGUUUUAGACUUGCUUCAAGCCAAAGUCAAUUAUCUGCGAAAUCCACGAUUUGUUGCUCCAGAUGCAACAGAUGGUGGUAGGACACUUAUUCAACCCAAAAAGAGAAAGACAAAAGAUUCUGAACUUCAAAUUAAACCAAAACAGUAUGAUUAUUUAAUAUCCUACCCUGAAUGAAAUUAUGGUUUAAGUUAAUAAAUAACUCUUCUUACAAAUUAUUUAUCACAAACUAUUUCACUACUUACAUAUUCUUUCACAUUACCAAAAAGUUAAUUACACACAUGAUCUGUUUAAAAAGAAACAAAGCUAAAACAUAAGAAAAAUAACAAAAUAUCUAUCAAAAUCAGUAAACGCUUUUUUAGUUAUAAUAUUUUAAACUAUGUUAUAUCAGAAAACAAGCAAGCCCUGUUGUAUUUGUGCCUUUUCCUUCUGUUGUUGAGUUUAACAAUUAUAAAGUUGGAGAAGUUUAUGAGGUAAGCUACCACCUAUAAGUAAACAUAAAAUAUUUUUAAAUUUGAGGCAUGAUUAUUUAAAUCUUAUUUAAAAGUCUAUUGGUCUUUAAGGCAAUUUUCAUAGAAAGUUUGACCAUACAUUUGGCAACAUAUACAAUUUUUAAAUUGUUAUCUUUGAUUAUAAAUUUUCUUUAUUUCAACACUUUUAUUACAUAAGUUACAUUAACGUUACAAGUAUGUUUAAUGUUGUAUUAAAAGCUUGAAAAUUUUUUUUCUUUAAAGAUAACUCUAGAGUUGAAAAACAUGUCUGCUGUUAUGCGCCAGUGUCGUGUAUUACCUCCCUCAAGUAACAUUUUCUCAAUAGGUCUAGGUAAGAUGAGCAUGUUAGAAACUGGUUUCACAAGAGGCCUUGAACGAAUCUCACAAUGAAAUAACAUAACAAUUUCAAAUCCAACUUCAAAUAACAUUCAGCCCUUAAAUGACAAUAUUUAAAAGAGCUUAUUUAAAAUAUAUAUGCAUAUUUUUCAGGCCAGUUCCCUGGAGAAAAUGGACUGGUUGCCCCUGGUAUGAGUUGCAGAUAUGACAUAAGAUUUGCACCCAAUUCCUUGAAGGACUAUGAAGACUUAAUCACAGUACAAACCCAAGCAUCUGAACCAAUAAUUAUUCCAUUGAGAGCCUAUCGCCCCCCACCUGUUUUGACUUGUAAGCUCAAUGUAUAAAAACUCAACUUGAGAAUACCAUUAUGUUAAAAUAUAUAGAAAGAAAAGUCACCUAAAAUAAAUUAGCUUGAAAUUUUAAAAUUAAUGUAAUAAUAAUUCAAUACAAGGUUAAGUCAGUUUAGAAAAUUUAAGAAUGAAUGGAAAAAAAUGCAUGAAUGUUUUUGUUUUUUUAAAUAAGGAAAUUUAGGUGAAAAAUUUCUUAGCCGUUAAGAAACAAAAUUAGGAAUACAUUCUGAUAAACUUGACCAGAAUAAGAACCAAAAUCCCUAUGUUCUCCAAUCCAAGAUGAUGCCCUACCCACUGCUUAAGACUUUAGGCUCAAUGUGUUGAAAAUUAUGUUAAACUAUCAAACAAUCACAAACUCGCUCAUGUCAAAUGUAAUCAAAGCUUUAAAUAAAGUUUUCAUAUGUAAAUAUGUUUCAGAGUUAUAUACAUAUGAAAAAUCUGAUUUAUGAGGUUUAGUGUUUGUUAUUUUCAUUAUUUUUAAAACAGUGCCUAAGUCGGUUGAUCUUGGCUAUUGUCUGGUUGGUGGAAUCCAGAUUACCCAUGUCCUAGUAAAAAAUGUAGGUGGCCCUGGUCGCUUCUGCUUGAUGCCAAGGAAUAAAUGGCCAACAACCAGUAUUAGGGUAAGAUAUGAAUUAGUUACAAGAUUGAAUCUGCUGCUGCUGAGAAGUUUUGGCACUUGUAAAUGACAGGUUAAAUGAGAGGGAAUUUUUAAAUUAUAAUAUUAUUUCAGACUGUGCUGCCUACCAAUUCAGCAAGGCCCAGCAUCAAAUGUUCCCCAUUUGAAAUAAUCCCAGCUACUUUUGAACUAGGACAUGGAAAGACCACGGUAUUAGAAGUUGUAUUCAGUCCACAAGUCUCCAAAUCAUAUGUCCAAGAAAUGACCAUUGCAUGUGACAACUGCCACACUUCACACUUCAAACUUCAAGGUUGGUGGUGCUAGCUUAUUUUCAAGUAAUUAGCUGUGUAAAGACACAAAUCUCAUGAAUGUUUACAGUUUUACUUCAAUCUUAUUUUUCCACUUUACAUGAAGAUGAAUACGUAAAACAAUGACAUACUCAAACUUUCUGAUAUUGCUUCCUGCGUUCCUUUAUUAUUCACUCAGAACUGUUAUUUUAAUGUUGUUAAUAGUUGAAGAUGGAUAGCCAAGUAUGUUUGGCUGGUGGUGUUCCUUUACUAUUCACUCAGAACUGUUAUUUUAAUUUUGUUAAUAGGUGAAGGGCAGAUAGCCAAAGUAGGUUUGGCUGGUGUUGAAAUGGGCCUUUCAGAACCACUGGUUGGAGAAUUUAAUGACAUCUCAGCUAAACACCUGGUUAGAUUUGAUGACCUGAAUCCAUACACAUACACAGAGAUGAAUGUUUCAGUAAAAAAUUUCACGUAAGUUUUAGCUGUUGUCAAUAAAAAAUUCAAUGUUCUAAUUGUUAAUAGACAAGAUCCAGAACAAAAAUUACAGAGGAGAUCAUGACAAAGAAAAGAGAAGGAUCUAAUAGUUACAGAAAUACAUUUCAAUACAUUUAGAUUUAUUAUAAAACGUAUACUUCUAGCUCUCUAAGAUUAAACUUACCAUUAUGAAUAUAUUAUUAAUGUCUUUAAACUGUACUAUUUCUUACCCAAUUAUCAGGAGAGUUGAACUUCCUUAUCACUGGAUGAUCUAUAAACCAAUCAACAAAGCAAACCAAAAUUGUGAUGAGAAAAUGAAUGAGCUUGCAUCUUCUGCACCUGCUGAAGAUAGAGUCCCAGAAUUGAAUGGUGUAUUCAGCGUGUUUCCGCAUGCUGGAGUUCUGAAACCAUCUGAAACAACCAACUUCAAAUUUACAUUUGCACCUCCAAAGGUAGAUUUUACUUGUUUUCCAAAUCAGUGAUCUUAAAUAGCUCAGAGCAUAGUCUUUCCGUUUAUUAUGGCGAUAGUCCAUUGAGAUGAGAGGUCUUAAACUCAUGGCCAUGUAGCCUUUUUUUAGUGGAAAAAAAACUUAACAAUGCAUUUUGUUUGGUGUGUUGCUGACAGUGAGGGAUAGAAAGUGACCUACUAAAGACCAUUGAUUUGUUUGAAUUUUAACCAUCUUUGAAACAAAAAUGUAUUAGUAUGAACUAAAAGUUAAAUUAAUAUGUUUUUGAUCAUCAAAUAAGAAUUUCAGAACUAGCUGUCAAAAUUGAACCACACACUGAGGGUUUGAAAAUGAGCUAAAUUAGAUUCGUUUUCAAUAAAUGUUAUGAAUAUAUUACCAAAUUUAAUUAUGUACAGCCAUACAACCAUGAAAAAAAGGCUAGCAAAUGAAGUUUAAUUAAAAAUGACCAGGUAAUGGACAAAAUAUGGACAAAUAUAUUUGAAAACUAUAACUUUAUAGACUCAUAAUUUUGAAACUAAAUUUAUGUUCCUAAGCCAAAGCGUCCUUGUGAGCAUUUUAAUUGAACAAGUGCAAAUCCAUCUGCCUGGUUGGAAGGCAUGCACUCACUUAGUUUUACAACAUUGCAUUGGAAUAGAAUUAGGUAUUUCCAAGAACUAAUAUGAAUUGUUGUUUUUCCCAGGAGGGGAACUACCACAGUGCUGUUCACAUGCUUCUUCAACAAGUGCCAUCCAUAAAAGAGAGUCAGAGCCUCUUAGCUGAUUUAGGAGUAGUACAUGAAGAAGAAGAAUUGCAAUCAAACUUUGGACAAAGUAUAAUUGAUUUUGUCAUAUUGUUUUGUUUUUUUUAAAAGAAAAAAAUUGUUUUUUCACUCAACUGUUUUUUUCUCUCUUUGUUUUAAUAUAUUGCUAAUACAAAUCCAUAAACAAAAAAAAUUAAACAAAUAAGCUCAGUUUUAACUCAAAUACUUAGUUUUUUUCCCCCCAGGAAAUAACUAUGUUUUAAUGUUGACAAGUUUCAAACUUGCCAUUAAAAUAUAUCAGAUAUCUUUUAUAAGUGAAGUGGAACCUCAGAUAACAAACUUAAUCCAUUCCGUUGUUUUGUUCUUAAACCAAAACGUUUGCUAACCAAAAUAAUUUUUUCCAUUGCAAUCAAGUAAUCUGUUCCAGCCUUAGCUUCAACACAAAUGUUUGUCUUGCUAACACUAUCACCAACCAGCUGCUUUUCACUGAUACAAACCAAACAGUUUUCCUACCUCUUCCAGCCUCAUAGAGCUUUUUUUUCCCUAACACAGUCACUCCAUUAGCUGCAUCUGCUGACUUUAUUGCUUUAUUGCCUUGUUCUUUUGAGUUGUACAGAAUUGUCAUUUAUGCCAUAUUGUAUUGCUUGGCGAUGUCGGAAAGACAAAAGCCAUUAUCAUGUUAUAACAUAAUUUCUUUCUUUAACAAAUAACUUACUAUUAAUAACACCUUUCUCAUUAGGUACCAUAAAGAACUCUAAAAUAACCCAAAAAGUGCUAAAAUAACAAGAAGUUGUGUUUUUGAACAUAGCACUCUGACAAACGAUGUUUACUACAAUCAUGCCAAAACACUGCUGAUCCUGUGCAUAUGUUUGUACCCAAAGGAUUGUUCAUUAACUGAGACAAAAAUUGAUAAAAAAUCUUGUUCGUUAAUCAAUCUGUUAGUUAAAUAGAACAUUUGCUAUUGGAGGUUCCACUGUAAUUUAUAAGGCAUACUUGAUAUCUAGUAAAUAUAGUUUAUAUAUAAAUGGAAAUGUCAUGAAUUUAUGUUAGCAUAUAAAGAAGAGAUUUCUGUAUAAAUUCUUGUUUUUGUUAUAAAAUAUGAAUUUCUAGCCUUUUGUUUAAAUAAAAUUUUAUUAAUUCAGGUUUUUUAACAUAUUUUAAAUUAAAUCCUUGCAGUAUAAAUGUGUAUUUAUCAGUGUUUACUUUGGAGGGUGUACAAAAAUAUUUCACUUUCACCAGCACUUUCAUAUAGAGAUGUCACAGGUCUACAGAUGGAAGUAAAAGGAAAAUGUUUACCAUUAAAUGUAGUACUCCACCCAUAUGGCAUCUUCAUUCAAUCAAGCUGUCUCAUUGGUUCAAGUGUGAAAAGGCUUUUUACUGUAAGCUUACUGAUUUUUAGCAUUAGACAUGAAAAAAAAAUUAUUUAAAAAUUGGACAUUAUUUUCUAUAUUUUAAUUUAAUUAUUUCCUAUUAAAACGUCCAACUUCCAUUAUGUUCCAUUGUGCUUCCUUCCUCAAUUUGAGGUGGUUUCAAAAUAGGCUUCUGAUGCAUGACUCAGUCGAUGCCUUUAGUGCACACAGAGUCUUAUUAGGAGUGAGAGUUUGGAGAUUGCAUAUCAAAUUGAUAAUGGCCUUUUGGAGAGGUUCUAAAUUUAUUCAACAUCAAAUAAUAACAAAUUUAAUUCUUUUAUUGCAACCAUCUCUAAAACAUCUUCUGAUGUGUUAGGAUCAAACAACAAAAUAUUAAGAAAUAUAUUUGCAAGCAUUUAAGACUAAACUUUUCAGCUUGCUAUAUCACACCUCUUAACACCAAUAGCAUUUCCCCCAUUCAGGAGAGUGCAUAGAGGAAACUUAAAAUAAAAAUAUGAGCAAUUAUAUUAUCUUAGUUGAUGUGGAUUUAACUGUUGUAUUUCCAUCACACAUGUAAUAAUGAGGUGAUGGUAUCAAAAGAUAUAUUUUUUGUUCUCCAGCUCUUGUCAAAUCAGAACAUUUUAUGUUAUUUUCAGAUGGCCAAUCACAGUUACUCAACUAUAGCUUUUCAAUGGGAAACGUACACAAAGAGUUACAUGAUAGAAGUGGAGCCUCCAUUAGGAGAGCUGGGUAAGUGCAACCUUUUGAGCAUUUUAAAGAGUUUAGUGUAAGCUCAUUCAAUUAUACACUCUAUUUUUAAAUGUCUUAUCAGCUAUCAAAUUAAUAGUUAAUAAUAAUAAUAAUAAUAAUUUUCAUUUCAUAACACGCUUCAUCCCCAAAGGCUCGAAGCGCGGUACAAAGUCAACAAAAAACAAAUCUAUAAUUUACCACAUUUAAAAUAAACGCAACACUACAAAAACUAAUUACAAGCAUACAAUGGCGAAGUCUUUCUAGCCAUUUCAACCAUAAGCAACACAGCCAUUAUUCAUUAAAUGGAAAAUAAGGUAGACAAUCAUCCCAGAAGGUGUUUGCGAAAUAGAUGUGUCUUUAAAUCGGUUUUAAAGGACUCCAGUGUCUGGUUGUUUCUUAGAUCGAAUUUUUAAAUGAAUUUCAUGAUUUUCUACAUAAAAGUAAAACAAAAUAUAUAUAAGAAUGAGCUAGGGUCAUAUAAUGCCAAAAGGGAGAUACUAUUUAAGUACGUUCGGCUUCCUAAAAACAAUCAAUGUUAUUUUCUAUUAUUUUACAGAAAUCAAAUAAAUUUGAAUGUGCAAAAAAUAUUUUAAAUCCCCUUUUAUUCUAGUAAAAGUUUAAGUACUAUUGCUAUAAAUUACAAAUGCAUUUAAAGUAUCAACUAAGAAAAUAUUUAAAGCAUUUUUUAUGUGUUUAAAAGUUAUGAAAAAAUUUAAAAAAUUAAAAAAAUCAUGAUCAAAGAAUUACACCCUAAUCACAUUUAUCGGGAAAACUCAAACAUCAGUCGUUUUUAGUGCGUCUUUUAGUGUGUUGUUAAUAUUGUGAAAUAAAAUUUUAAAUUAAUUUGUUCUAAAUAAUCACUUAUUUAAUAGCUUAUUUCUCCAAAACUCUUAGGUUUCUUUUAAUUUAAUAACCGCGAGUGACAAAAAUGAUACUGUAUUUUCCCUUCUUAAAAGUAAAAUUAAUAAAUACAAUUGAUUGCUUUUUAAAUUGUUAAUAAAACACACACACAUUUCUGCUGUGUAUAUUAACAUUAAAAAGUUUUGCCUUUUGUUAUUCCAAAAAUAUACAUUUAUUAAAAUUAUAACGUAAUAAAAACUAACCUUUAAAUAUAAUUAUAAUAAGAAAAUGUGGUUUAAGUCAAACAGUGCAGUGCAACUCCAUAGCCAAAUAGCAUUGACUAAUCAACUUAUAACUAAAACAAAAAAGAACGAACCAUAUGAAGUGCAAAUUAUUUUAGUUUGGGUAUAGAAGGUACUACAUUAACUACAAAAUUUUGUCCCUGGCGUACAGCUGACAAGAUGGCUCAUCACAGGAAUAUCUCAAGGAACUUAUUUAUAAACAUGUACUUCUAAAGAGCCUGCGGUCAACACAGUACUUACUGAGUGUUCCUAGAGUGGAUGAACACAGAAAAAAGUCUUACGGAGUGCGCUCUUUUGAAGCGAUAGCACCAAAAUUAUGGAACAGUUUACCUCAAUCUUUGAGGGGAAUUUUAAAUGAUAAUAAAUCAUUUAAGAAACAAUUAAAAACUUUUUUUUCAAUAGAUUUCGGAGGACCAGAGCGCAGUGAGCAUGCUAAAGUGGCAUGGAUACCAGCGCGAUAUAAAUAUCAAAUCCAAUCAAACAAUCCGGUAGAAGAUUUUUCUAAAUUUAUUUAAAUCUGGGUGGGGGAGGGGUUGGUUACUUUGCCCCAGGCAGCACAAGAUAGGUCUCAAAAUAAAGUAAUGAAUUUGAUAAAUAAUUAACCUUUUUGGGAACAUACAUUUCAGAGGUAGGAAAUAGGAUGUGUAAAUUUUCACGUGGAUGACAAUAUAUUUAAACUCUAUGGUAUUACAUUUGGGAAGAAAGAGAUGUUACAUUCUCUUUUUACAAAUAUGUGUAUGUUUAUUUUGCUCAAGGCAGAACAAGAUACAUCUCAAAAUAAAGGAAUGGUUUGAUGAAUAAUUAAUUUUCUUGGGUAAAUACAUGUCGGAGGUAGGAAAUAAGAUGUGUACAUUUUUACGUGGAUGAAAAUAUAGUUGACUCCUUUGGUAUUACAUUUGUGAAAAAGAGAUGUUACAUUCUCUUUUCACAAAUACGGGUAUGUUCAUUUUGCCCAAGGCAGCACAAAAUACGUCUCAAAAUAAAGGAAUGAUUUUGAAGAAUGAUUUUGAAAAAUAAUUAAUUUUUUUGGGUAAAUACAUGUCGGAGGUAGGAAAUAGGAUGUAUACAUUUUCACGUGGGUGACGAUAGUUGACUACUAUGGUAUUACAUAUGUGAAAAAAGAGAUGUUACUCUCUCUUUUUACAAAUAUACAUACAUUAACCAGUUAAGAAGAUCAACGGCGUUAACAAAUCUUGGGUACAUUUAUAUAAGUAUAACCAUGAAUAUCAAAACUCAAUCAUUUUACACUCUUGAAAAAUUAAUUUUAAAAAAUAGGGAUGGGCUAAUAUUUACUGUCAAAAAAAUUAAAAUACAUUUUUGUUUUUACUUUGCAAAAAGUAAGUUGAUUUGUAUUUUAUGAGAUUAAACAUUUAAAUUAAAAAAAAAGCAACAAGACUCAAAUCUAUUAUAGACGUGAAAAAAAGUUGCGCGAUUCUUCUUUAGAUAAAAGAAUUCUUUGUUUUACAAUUUUCUGAUAAUAUAUAAUUUAAAAAAAAAAAGGCAAAAAAUGUGUUUAAAUUUUUGCUGAAGAUAUCAAUAUAUAUCGAAUUCCUCUAACAUAAAAUAUUUUUAUAUCAUAUAUAGAGUUUUUGGUGCAAAUUUGAGGCAAGUUUUUAAAACACUUUUAGAGAAAAAAAGUUGUUAUUCAAGGGCACGAAAAAGGGUACAAAACUAAAGUAUUUUUCUAACGUAGUUAUUGUCCCUCAAUUAACUUCUUUAGUGACAAAAAUGAUAUAAUUAGUAAUAAUUUAGACCAUCUAAUUUAAGGUCAUGUUUAGAGGGGGGAAAAAGUAGUUUAGGAGCGUGAAAAGGAGUAGGGUAGGCCUAUAAUAUAUGGCAGAUAAAUUCUUCUCAAAAUGUAAUGAUGUUAGAAACGUAAAUAUUAUUACAUUUUUAAAGUUAUGAAUUGUGAUGAGUUUUUGCAAUAGCAGUUAGAAAUUAUCGCAUAGAAUCUACCAUUAUUAUCCUGAUAACAUCGUGUCAUUUAUUCUAGUAUAUAUAUAUAUGGCAUCCUUCCGUCUUUGCAAGACGAUGGAGUAGCUAUGUACACUUCAACAGAUAGGUCAUGAGACUGGUCCUGGAAUGACAGUGAAACAAAACAUGUCCAGCUUUAAAAACUAUAUUGAGUCGGCUUAUUUUUCUUCCAUUAGACCCAGGUAUGGCUAUGGACUUGGAGAUAAGCAUUACUGGAGUGGAACCAGGUCCUAUUGACCAUACACUAUUGUGUCAUGUUGUCCACAUGGAAAAGCCUUUACAUCUUCGUAUACAAGCAGAGUUCAAAGUGAGUUUUUGACAGUGUUGAAAAUGAAAUAUCUGAACACAUUACAUUUUUAAAUGAUUCUAAAAUGUAGGCCUGGUAAACUACAGAAAUUAUGAUUAAUAGGCCCAUGUUUAUUGUCUUCUUAUGAAUUUUUCUUUUUUUUUUUAUCUAUUUUUUUUAAAGGGUCCAGAAAUAAAAAUUCUUCAACCUACAGUUAACUUUGGCUUGGUGCGUGUGGGUCAGUCAGAAUCCAGAGAAAUCACCAUCCUCAACAGUUCUGCCAUGAAGAUCAAGUUUUCUAUUUCUGAGUCCAGAGACAAUGAAAUAGAAAAUAAUGAUAAAAUGGUAGGUACCAAAGUUAAUAAUUUUCUUCUUAUUAUUUUAAGUAACUCAACAGCUCAUUCAACACAUUGAAACAAUAUUUCCAUAUAUAUAGCAUGGAAAAGACCAACAUCUGUUUUUAGAGCAACACAGUUCUAUAACUUUUUAAGUUAGACACAUAGAAAAAUUUAGAAAAUAAAAGAUAAUGUUGCACCAUAUUGUUCAGUUUGUGAUGAUUGUUUCAGAUUCCAAGUGGCGUGAAAUUUGUUGAGGUGAGUGGGGAAAUCCCACCAUUAGAAAGGAAAACUGUCCAGCUGAUCUUUUCACCCAGUAAGGCUCAAAAUUUGAAGAGUGUUUGCAAAGUGCAAUGUGAUCAAGGGGAAACAUGGUAAAAAAAAUGAUGUGCCUCGAUGUAUUAAUACAUCAUUUCAAUGUUAUCCUGCAAAUAGUUGAUUAAAAAUCACAAGUAGAUAUCAAAAUAAGGAUAUUGCCUUGAUACAGGGUGUUAGCAAUUAUUAUAUUAUUUGAUCAGAAAGAAAAAAAAUGGUUGCUAAAGGUGAAUCAGUAACAUAGAAAUAAUCCAAUGAGUCCAUUAUAAUAACUAUGGUAAAUGUUACAUUAGAAUUUUUUAAAUAAUAAAUAAAGCAAAGUAUUUCCCUCUAGUCUAAUGAUGCAACUCUCUCUUGAUCCUCAGUUUUGUGGCAUUGUAUGGUGAGGCCCAGAAUCCAAUUGUGUGCUUCCUGGAGUGUGAUCAAGUUCUUUCUGAGGUUUUCUUAGAUGUCCCAAAAGUGUUUAAUGUUGUGCUUCACAAUCAGACCUUACUUCCUACAGUCUUCAAGUGGGGACAGGUUUGUUGUGAUCUCAUUUUACUGAACCUGCUAUUUAAUUAGAUUUUUUCCCUCUAUUUUUGUUGGUUUAAUAUUCAUUGCUAUUCAAUCCCAAACUUUGAUACAGCAAUGUUUCUUUAAGUUAUUUAAACUUGUAUAAAUCUUGCUUUGGUUAAAUGAAUUGUGGAUUUACCCUGCAUCUAGCAUUGAUUAAAUAUAUCUAAAACUUUAUUAUUUGGGAUACAUUUGCAAGAUAGGUCUCUAAAAAUAGAAUUCCAAUGAUUCUCAUGCUGUUUUCCAUGUUACUCUUCAGCAGCACUGCUACUAAAAUGUUAAAAAAAUGUAAUUGAAGAUCUUUACUGAGGGGAUUUUUAUAUUAUAUAUUAUAUAUUAUUAUGACUAUUAUUAUUAUUGUUCAUCCUUCGCAUGUAAGGAUGACAAAGGCUAUAUUCAACUUGAGUAGUAACUUUGACUUGCGCUGUAUUUUGUAUAAAGUGAUUGGGAGUUUCUCAAUGUGUCAACCUCAUCCUUUGAUCCAAUGGCAGGACUUGGUCAAUAUGAUUGGGAGAAAGGCCAGGAUGCAGAGGAUGACCAGCAUUGUUUCUUGUGUCUCCUUGUGCUUCUUAUGUCUUCCAUUUCACAAGAGUUGAUGGAAUAUUCAUUGUGUUAAAGUCAGACCCCUUGUUGGACUCUUUCUCUGGGUUUGAAACUCAGAAUUUGUCUUCCCUUAGAUGGGUUGCCAUCCAAAGUUAACAAAUGCCAUCUUCCUUACAUAAUAAUAAUAAUAAUAAGGGGUCUUAUAUAGCGCCGUACCCCAGCCUAGGGCUGGGCUCACCGCGCUGUACAUAAAAAUUUUAUCAAAAGAGACAUAAUCAUGACAUUAAAAUAAAAUACAAUUAUGAAAUAAAGAACAGCAAAAAAAAAAAAAAUGUAUAUUCACCCACCCCAACACAUAACUUUUACAAGGCAAACCAUGGACGGCAGCCAGCAAGAUCGUUUAUCGGUCAGAGGAGGGGAAUCACUCAGGGUAGUAUUUGGCAUACUUCCCUAGUCUACACUUUUGUCAACAUUCGUACAUAUUUAAAAAAAUAAAAUUACCCUAACAAUGAGAAGACCAUCAUGUUCCACUAGUUUCUUAUUGUGUCCUCUAAAAAUAUUCACCAUAAAGCCUAGCAUUCACCACCCAACCUAACUGUCACUAAUUGUCCAUUUUACAUAAAAAGGAGAUUAUGUUGUUAUUACUAUAUUUUAAAAUGAUUUAUUUCAUGUAACGUUGAUAGAGCUAGCCUUGAAGUGAGAUCCUAACUGCAUUAAAAUCAACUCUAAUUUUCCUGACUAAGGUGGAAGGCUUUCAAAAGAACUUGUGUGAAGUUGAGGUGGAGAAAAAAGAAGGGAAGAUACUCAGUUGGGAGCAAAAAUCUAUUGCUAUCAGAUUCACACCUUUCAGUGCUGUAAGUUUGCACAUUUUUAAAUCAGAAGCUCAUUACAAUUACAAUGUGAAGAUUAUUUUAAGGUUGAACAUGUAAGUAUUUAUCUUGAAUUCUGUUGAUUUAAAAAAACAGCCACAUAUUUUAAUAUACAUCCAAUGUAUCAUCUUCAACUGUGUUAUUAUUAUGUUACGGUAAGGCCACCUGACUAAGUUUAAUACACCUAACAUCUACUCUAACUCAUAUCAUCUAACCUCAUCGUCUACAUUGGCAGAUCCAGUUCAAUGAAGUUCAAGUGCCCUGUUUUAUUGAAGGACAAGAAGAACCACUAUACAUCAACAUCAGGUGUGAGGUCAAAACAUUGCAGGUGACAUACAAGACAUCAACAGACAGAAGCCAAGUUAGGUAUGGAAAAAAAAAAUAAUAAUAUAUCUUGCAUGAGCAAAUAUUAGUAAAUGUUAUUUAUAGCUUCCGCUUUGUGGAAAUUUAUAUAUAAUUUAAUUGUACCAUUAAACUGACUGCAACAGUAAGUAUUAAUUUCAAAUUGAUGCAAAUUACCUGAAUAUUAAAUGUCAAUAAUUUUAACUAAUAAGAAAUAGAGUUAGUGUUAUUUAAAUAGCGGGUUUCGACAAUUGUUGGUUUUGAUUAUCACUUCAUUUUCACAGCACAUUCUUAACACACACUUAGCAAUGUUUCCAGUGCAACACACAACUUCUGUCAGGGUGUGAUUGGAGUGGUCCAUUUGCUACCCAAACUGAAAUGUUAAAUUUUUUUUUAAAAAUUCCUGUAUGAGAUGAAAAUGUUAACUGUAUUUACAUCUUUCUACAAAAUCAAGGGAUGACAUGUCACUGAACUUUGGAGACAAUGUAAGACUUGGUGAGUGUGUGACCAGGUACAUUCAUGUCUACAACCAGACUGCCAUCAGAGCCUCCUUCGAGGUGGAAGCUGAUUACUUUGUGGCAACGCUACCUGCACCCCCAGACAUGAAUGAAAACUACACAGCUCAAAGGUAGUCUCAAACAGUUGGGUGUGGGAUUUCAGGCACAUAAUCUCUCCUUGUUUAAAAAAAAGAACAUUGAGGACCAUUGGAGCUAUUUAUUUACAUGGUGACUGUAUGAUAAUUCUUCACAAGGGUUAAAGCCAAAAUAAAAUAUUGUGCAACACACUGAUAUUGAAGACACAUAUUUUUUUGGUAUUAGACACCUUACUUUAUGUUCCAUACUUUUUUUAGACUGGCCAGUCCUAUGAUUUGAGCCAAUACAACUCCCCCCCCCCCCCAAAACAAAAAAAAAAAAAAAAAAAAUUAUUGUGCAACACACUGAUAUUGAAGACACAUAUUUUUUUGGUAUUAGACACCUUACUUUAUGUUCCAUACUUUUUUUAGACUGGCCAGUCCUAUGAUUUGAGCCAAUACAACCCCCCCCCCCCCAAAAAAAAAAAAAAAAAAACAAACAAAAAAAACCCAAAAACAAACAACACAACUGGUUGCUUCUUGUUAAGGAAUGAUUUGUGAUGCCCCAAAUGUCACCCUUAUAAUCAUUGAACUACUAUUCAAUAGCUGGCUGUUAAAGCAUCUUGUGCUUGUAUUAUGUUGAAUAGUUCACUGGUUCCUUAUUGAUACAUGUUAGUGACAAUAGAUUUCUUUUUUCUUAACAUGAAUAUUCUGAAAUAAUUCAUCUAUCAAUUUUUUUGUUCAUCCUUCUCUUUGUCUAGCAAUAGAAGAAACUUGCUGACAAGAACCCCAAACAUUGCAGACCCUUUGAGCAAGGCUCCUCAGAAACUUAAAGCAGGUAAGGGUUCAUCUGACUCAUUGCAACAGUAUUUCACUGUGCCACCUAAAUGCACAAAUAUUAGAUCUUAGGAUUAGUCAAUAUGCCGCAUUAGUUAAAGAGGAAAUUUAAAUGAAAAUCAAUCUUUAUUAAAAGCAUUCCUGUCUUCCUGCCAUAUUUUUUAUUAGCCCUUCAGUCCAGUAAUCACAAUCCAAAAUGGGCACAAAAAUAAAUAAAUAAAUUAAAGUAAUGAGACAUUUUCUGAAUACUUGAAUGAACAUUUUCUGAAUACUUGAACUUUUUCUGAAUACUUGAACAUUUUUUAAAUACUUGAAAUUUUUCUGAAUACUUGAAUUUUUUCUGAAUACUUGAACAUUUUCUGAAUACUUGAACAUUUUCAUUAAAGAUUUCAACAAACUUGUCCUGAGAGAGGGUAAAGGUGCAGCAUUUGUCAUACAGCCAGUCACUGGUCACCUGCAGCCAUUUGGGGAGCAGAUUAUUGAGGUCACGGCCUACAAUGACAUGUGGGGAACUUACAAGGACAAACUUCUGAUUAAGGUUAGACUUCAGAUUAUGCUACAAAUAAUGAAAGUUGCUAUCAGAUCAGGUUAAAAGUAAUAACAUGAAUCAACAAAGAGUUGAGGGUUGAAAUGUUGUUGUUAAGUAGCCAUGAUUAUUGUGAUCAGAGCUGCUAGAUGACAGGCUCUAAGAUAAAAAUAAUAUGGAGCCUUGAUUUUUACUUUUGAUUUCCAGGGGGGUAGGCAUGAAUUAUUCAGCUUUUAUACUUUUGAUUCCCAGAGGUAGACAUGAAUUAUUCAUGUUUUUAAUUUUGAUUCCCAGAGGUAGGCAUGAAUUAUUCAUGUUUUUGAAAAUUAAAAGUUAUUUUAAACCUUAUGUUAUUGUGGAACAUCUGAUUUUCUUUACAGGUGGGAGAUCUUGAGCCGGGAGUUAUCGACAUGAUAAUGACUGUUAUUGGCUGUCCCUUAAGUUUCCAGAUGACCAUUGGUCAGCCUGAUCAAAAGCCAAUAGCCAGGUAAAGUGUUUCUGGAUAUUCAAUAAUGUGAUUAUUUUUGGAUCAGAAGAAUUUCACAAUGAUCUGCUCUUACAUGUAGUUUUUUUCCCCACUUAAAUUAAUAGAGCAAAAUAAUCAUAAAACCAUGUCAUUUUCUGCCAGAUUUGGAUGUCACAUGUCUGGAGGAGCUCCAACAACCAGGAAACUUAAAAUAAAUAAUUCCAGUCCUCUUGGUAAGGGAUUACAUAACUUCAGAAUACAUUGGCCUCUAUUUUUGUUUCAAUAUUUUUUCUUAUUUAAGCUCAUUCAAUGCAUAAGUUGUGCGAAUUUCACAAAUGGUCUGAUGCCUAAUACUUGAUGACCAACGAUCAUGUCCUUGAGUAGGACUCUUUCCCAUUGAGCUAUUUCGAUAAGUGUAGUAAUAAUCUAGUUGCCAUUCAGUCUUUUAAUACUUGCUAUUUUUUAAAACUUUGUAAUCAUAUUUUACGGCAGAUAUCCGCAUUGACUGGCAGGGAUUUGGUGUAUCAGAUGACUCGGAGAAGCUGAUUGAUUUCAUCACCUGUUUUGGUAGAAGUUUUCCACGUGUGGAACAAAAUGAAAGUAGUGAAGUCAGUGCAGAGGAGGGAGCUGGUAACUGGAAUAAUUCAUUAAAUUAUUAUUUUUUUACUCAUCAUUUAACAGAUAUUUUAAAAACUCUUUGAAAAUAAAAUAAAAAUUCUGCACCCAUGGCUAUAGAGAUAAUAAAAGGGGGGGAGGGAGAAAAUCAUAAAAUUAUUAUUUUAUCACAAAGGAAAUUUAAAUAUCGAAACUUUUAACGUUAGCAGCAAAUGAUACUACAAUGUAUUAUAUUACACCAUAGUACAUAAGAUUGCAAAUGUAAGUAAAUGCAGAGUAAAAUGUUAUCAAAUCAUAGAGUUUACCUAGGACAGAUCUAACAUAAUAGAUUUUAUAUCUACCUAAAUAGAGUUUAGAUCUACCUAUAACAGAUCUCAAUUAUUACAAUGAAUUUGAAAUUAUUUAGGAAACAAAUAAAUAGUUUAAUGUGAUUUUUAACAAAAGUCUUCCAUUUAGAAACUGCUGAUGUUGAUGAACUUGGGAAGAUUGUGUCUUGUUAUUUAAGGCCACAUGAAGGAGACCCAAUGUUACAACCUUUUAGUUUCCACCCCAAGCAGAUGGUAAAAAGGAUUGACAUAUACAAUUUUAUAUGUUUAUCAUGAAUGUAGAUAUUGUUACUUUUAAAAAAAAAUACUAGAGCUUACAGAUUAGCCUUUUAUUCACAUAAGUAUAAAAAAUGUUAGAGAAAACAUUAGAUAAAAUAGUUUAUAAGAUAAUUAACAGCAUCUGCUUAAGUUAAGGAGUCUUGUUAAUGUGUUGCAAGACUUGUUGGGUCUGUUUGAAUCAUCACUUCUGCUGCAUUGUCAGGUUGUUCCCGGUUAUGGGUUCAGCUAUGUGAACUUGACCUUUACACCCUCGCAUGCCUCAGAAGUUUUUCAAGAGAUGAACAUUGAAGGUUUCGGCAUAGGCUACUUAAGCCUGGAUAAUGAGGUUAGAUAAUGUAGCCUACAAAGUUUGUGGUUUAAAUAUCUGUUAGGCGAAUAAAUCAUUGUCCAUGAGAAAUAAACUAGUAGAUACUAGAAUAAGCCCAAUUUUUCAAAGCAUAGGUUAUAGUGAAUUCUUUAUGAAUAUAAAGUACCAUGAAUAAAAUAAGCAAAAAUGUUAUAUAUACAGGACAAAGACAAAUCAAGAAUAUCCAGGCUGGAAGGCUACGAAAUUGAUGCUCUGAAACUUCAUUUUACAGCGAGUGUCAAGCCACCAUUGUAAGUAAUUAAUUUUAUUCACUGUAAAGGUCUAAGGGAUUCUGUAUAGACAAAAUUCAUUGCCUAUUUGAACGCAGAAUUUUUAGACUGCAUUGUACUGGUGAGUUUCUAUGGUGAUUAUGCUUGGAAUGUGCCACCCUUCAAAAAUGAUUAAGCCUUAUUAAAAAAAGAGGACUGCCUAAUACAUUUGAGGCGGGAAUUGAAAGCAGCCAAACAUUUGAAUUUUUCUAUUUUGACGAUAGACCAAACAAAACGAUUUAGGAAAUAAAUACAAACAAACUUAUACAAUUUAAUGCUGGCAUUCUAGUUUAAAAUUUAGUCAAUCAUUUUUUUUUCUCAUUCCCUGAAAUUAAAAGUUAUUGGAUUUAUAAAUAUUAAUUUGGGAGAAUAAAAAAUUCAGAUAAAGAUAAGGUGAACAGUAUUAUUGCCUGGAUUGUUUUUAACCUUUGAACUGUUUUUAUGAAGAAGCAUCAUUAAAACAUGUGUUAAUGAGGUUGAGAAAAACUCUUGUAGUUAAGUCAGGAUGAAAUAUAUAUAUUUAAUCUUCAUCUUUUUAUCACAUUGCUCUAAGUAAUCUAAGUUAACUACAAUGAAUUUUUUCCUGUGACACACAUUUUUUCUAUUUGAUUGACAGGCUCACUAUAGAAGAAACAGAUGAGGAGGGUUUGGUGUUUAGAUCAGCCAUGAGUGACAUCAUGCACAAUGGCAAGGUGAGUUAAAAGACUUAGGCACCGUGCAUAUAUUAUGUAACACAAAAAUAUAUAUGACAUUUUGGACCGACCCCCCACCCUUAUAAUUAUAAUGUUAUAUAACAUUUCCUAAUAUAUCUAACAUUUGUAGCAUCACCACCCACCCCCAUGAUAAAAUUGAAUAAAGUAAAAUAAAAAAACAAGACGCAACAACAAACUUCAAGCACAGUGCCAGAUGUAAAAAAAAAAAAAAAUUUGCUAAUUAUUGUGAGCAAAAAAUACAUUUUAGUUUUUAAUAAUCAUAAACUUGAAAAGCAGAAAAUUACAAUUAAUAAAAAAAAAAAAAUCAAUUAUGAGUAUUGUAACAAAACAUAGAUUAAAAACAAAAAAUUAAGAAUAAUAAAAAAAAAUGAAAAAAAAAAAAAAAAAAAAAAAAACCAAAAAAAAAACUUCAAACAAAGGGCCAAAAGAAAAAAAAAAAAAAAAUUUGCUAAUUAUUGUGAGCAAAAAAUACAUUUUAGUUUUUAAUAAUCAUAAACUUGAAAAGCAGAAAAUUACAAUUAAUAAAAAAAAAAAAAUCAAUUAUGAGUAUUGUUACAUAACAUUGCUCUCAACCAACCCCCUCCCACCCACAUAACAAAAGGGUAAACCACCUUCCCCCUUCGCAUUAUAUAAUGUGUGCACUGCCCCUCAGAAUGUGGGGAGCAAGGAACAGAGUUUCCAAGUAAAUACUUGAUGGAAGAAUUAUUAAUUUUGUACGAGUUUAUUUAUUUAUCAGUUCUUAUCUUAUUUACGUAAAAACCUUUCAUUGUGUUAGGUUUCUGGAAUAGUGUGACAUACAAUUUUCUUGUUUUAAAUGUACAGGUGUCACAGCAGGCUCACAAACUGUCUUCGUUAAAGCUCACCAACGACACAUUCACCCCCCUGACAUUUAAGCUCAAAGUUAAAGAUCCCUUUUUGUUAGUAGACCUUGACCCUUCCAUAAGUGUUGAAGCCAGAUCGAGUGCUUUUGAAACAUCACCUUGUACACUGAAUCCAAGGGAACACAUUAUGGUAGGCUUUCUAAAUGUUAUGCUUCUUGAUAAUAUGUUGGUUAUAAUAUUAAAUAAACAUUAAAGGUAAAGACGUUGGUGGUGGUGUUAUCAUGUAAAGGCCUGUAUGUAAUUUUUAAAGAAAUUUUCUGUAGAUAGGAAUUAAUUUAGAGAGCAUGAUUGCAAUCUUUUCUUUGUUUUUCUUUAAAAAAAAAAUCUCUUGUGAUUAGGUGAAUGUCGCCUUCAUAGUAUCCAAGGCACUGAUAAAUGUGAUUGCUAGAGCAAGAGCAGACAACUGCCUGGAAUUCCAAAAACAACUCAAUAUUCAAUUUGAAAACGGCACUAAACAGGUAAAGGACAAUCAGAUACAAUCUCACUCUCCGGUAAUGUAAGAUGUUUAGAAUUAAAAUUUAGAUUUUCUUUUGUAGCCCUGUUUCUGUGAAUGUAAGUAUUGUAAGUGGAUUCAAUAUAUAUAUUUUGACAGUGAUCAAAAUCUCACUGGAAACCAGUCUAUUGGACUGUAUUUGUUACAAAUCAAAGUAUAACUAACAAAAAUUGUUGUGUUUUAUUAUUUUUUAAAAGUAAGAGCCACAAGAAAAACAUCAUUGCCAAUUUAAAAAAAAAAUGCAACUGCUAUAUAACAACACAAGGAUCAAGCAGCGUCCCUAUGAGAUCAUUGAGAGCUAAUUUUGUAUUUACCUUGUGGUUAUUGAUUUCAGUUGUAAUACAAUGCAUUGAUUUUGAAUUAGCCAACUAUCAAAUCCAUACAGUAUCUGUGUUGUGAGAUUGGCUUGUCCAUUUUUUCAGAAUCAAUGUCUCGGACAUAGACCAAACACACCACGUUAGGAUAUGAACUUGUGCUUUUAAUUAGAGGAAUUAAUGGAAGAAGGUAUUUGAAAGCUUGAAAUUUAAAGCUACCACAUACCUUGUUCCACUAUUUCCUUCUCACCGCUUGAACACAGUCCUUCAUAUACUUUCUUUUAAUUAGCAAUUUAAUUUUUUAGUUGAAAUGUAAGCAGUGAGAUCUAAUGUAGGAGGAUAAAACAUGUGGAGUUGCCAGGUUGGCAAUAGUUUUUGAAAGUCAAAAACCUGGCAUGUUUUUGAGCCAUCAGGUGUGCAUACAAACAGGAAAAGAAAACUGGAAAAAAAUAGAAGCCAGGAUUUUUUGGGGUUCUUCAUAAAAAUUUAUUAUUAAGGACAUUUAUGCUGUCAUAGUUUGUGUCACUGAAUCUAAUUUUCUCAUCACUACAACAGAAAGUGCCCCUGCUUGGCAUUCUUGCAGUGCCUCAGUUUGAGAUCUCUACUGAAGUUGUGGACUUCGGGGUCUGUCUCGUGGGACAGAGACGUCAAAUGGAAUUUGUCAUCACUAACUAUACCUCCUCAGACUGUUAUUGGAGCAUUGAGAUAGGUUGGAUGGUGCUCUUAUAUCUUGCCACAAAGAAAUAUUUGUUUAAAGUCUAAUUUGAUACUUAUUAAUGGUUUAAAUUGAUUUAGUUGCAACUAUAUUGGAUGACGCCAUCUUAUUUUGGUCAUGGGAUAAACUUGUUACCAACAUUUGUAUAUCCACAGAUAGGUCACACGACUGCUAUGACUGUGAUGUCUUUGAAUUCCAGCCAAGGUUUGGAGUACUAAAAGCCAAUGUAAAUCAUGUCAGCAACAGCAAGACUGUAAUCAACGUUUUCUUCAAUGCAAGGUAAGGCAUACAAUAUGUCAUCACAUAAACAUAAUUCUUUUUUUUGCCUAUGACAAUAGUCAUCAAAUAAAUUUCAUGAAUAUAAUUUUUUAUCAUACUAUUUUGCAUAAACGGCGAACCAAUAUAUUUCUGAGAAAUUGUUUCCUUGGGACAGGCUAGAAAUGUUACCAUUAUGGAAAGCUUUUUAGCAGCACAAAUCCAGAAGAAUAUUCUUUUCAAUGUAUCCCUUUAAAGUUUCUUUCAUUUUCAUAAAAUAAUAACAACUUUGCCUUUUCUUAGACACAAAGUUUUAAAAGCCCAGGUAAAUGUGUUUUAGAGUUAUCUAAUCUUUGUUCAACUCCAAAACAAGAAUAAUGUAACCCUAAUCUUAUUUGACCACAGACACUCUGAUGCCUACGACUGCAGGUAUGUUGUGACAGGUCACCUGGGCGAAAUGAUGAGAUACAUCCAUGUUGUUGGCGUUGGAUCAUAUGAUGGAAAACAUGAGGCCAUUUUGAAUAUUUAAUCAUUGGAGCCGUAUGAAGCAUCUUUUUUGAUAAAUUAUAGAUCUAUAUAUAUAUAUAUAUGUAUUGUGAAAAAAACAAUCUACUUUAAAUGAAAUGGAGGAUUUUCAUAAAUUAUGUUGUUAGAAAUUAUGAUGAAAGAUGAUAUAAGCUCUCCUGACUAGUUGUCAGUGAAUAGUUAGGUCUUGACGAAGAAAUUAUCAUUGCAACUAACUAAUACAAAACAAAAAAAUGAUAUUGAUGCUUUUAUAUUUUUGUUGUGACCCAAAAAAAUGCGACCAAGCAAAGCAUGAGCUGACUCAAGCUGAGCAUGUCAAUAUAAAACAGAACAUUUAUAUCAAACAGAAAAAAUGAAUUAUUUAUACUUAUACUAUUUAUACAUUGUAUUGCUUAUAAAAAAAAAAGUUCAGAUGCUUAUUAGACUGGAGAGUUGGAUGAGAAAUCUUAUUUUUUUUGUUGCAUAUUUUGUAGAUGUAGCCUACUUAUGGGGGUCAUUAUGUAAUGACUAUAUUUUUGUUUAGGAUAUGACCAAUUGAAAAUUUCUAAGAUGCGAUACAUGCCUUUUGUUCUGACUUCGAAAUCCAGGUUUCCAUGUGUGUCCAGAGUGUACUGUUUAACUAAGCUAAAAGGUUAUCUAUUAUUCUAUGAAACGCUCAUAUUCUAAUUUAAUCUGAUGUCCUUAUGAAAUAAAAAUGGUGUUUGUUUAUGGUACUGCGUCAACUGAACCAAAAUUGGACACAUUGAAGAAACUGUUCAAUUUUGCUAGUUUUUUCCCCUCUGGUUACUUUGAUGAAAAAAAAAGUAUUCACCCACCAGUUCAAGAUGUUACAUUCCUUAAAAUUUUGAAAAACAUAUUAACCUUAACAUUUGAAAGGCAAUUCAAUAAUAAAUAGUUUAAAUAUAUUAGCCUUGGAACCAGAAUAUUUUGUAUAUAGGUUACCUUAGCACAGUGGUUCUUAACCUUUUUGGAGGUACCGAACCCCACCAGUUUCAUAUGCGCAUUCACCGAACCCUUCUUUAUAGGAAAAAUAAAAUGUCUUUUUUUUUCCUGAUUUUUUUAGACCUCCUCCGAACCCCUGAGACUGACUCACCGAACCCCUGGGGUUCGAUCGAACCCAGGUUAAGAACCACUGCCUUAGCAUGAAAGUAGUUACUUAAUGAUAAAAUGACUCUUUAUCUCUGAUAACAGUUCAAAAGAGUUCAUUUGAUCAGGGUGUAGCCACACAUUUUAUGCAAUUGAAUUCUUUUGGUUGUCAGUGGACUCUAAGAUGUUUUAUUUUAGUUUGAGUUUAAGAAAAAUUAAGACAUGGAUGCAUUAUAUUUUACAGUUAGGUACGCUACCAUACCAGAUUGAGAACUCCUCAGCCUGUACUAUAAAUAUAGAUUUUUUGACAAUGAUAUAUUACCAUAUCUCUCUUUUAAGGGCUGUGUGCAUAUUGAACAUAACAAUAUUGAACCUCCCCUACCCUUAUAACAUUAUAUAUUUCCACUGAUCACACCUAAAUAUAUAUUUCUAGCACACAA